UAAACCAAAAAUCCCGCAAAAAACCCAAAACUACUUUUUGCUCGUCCUCAAAAUCUGCUUAUGCUCCCUCCACUCCUAACCCCCACGAUCCUUAAAACCCUAACCCUUUCCCCCCUCUAACAAUCCCCACCUAUAAGUGAUCAAAAUUCUCCAAGGGGAAGCCGAAGCCAUGGCCAUCGCCAAUUCUAGAGACCUAGCCCUCUCACUCCUCGCCGUUGUGAACAACCAUGCCGAUUUGGUGGUGAAGCUUUCGUCUCUCAAACAGGCCAAAGAUAUUCUUUCCUCUCUCGAUUCUUGUUUUGCUGUCGAGCUUUUCCUUUACCUCGCCGGGCUCCAACGUUCUCCUCGGAGCCUCGUUAUGAAAUUUGUUGUCGAAUGAGUUUCAAACCCUAAUUCUGCUCUUUCUUUCCUUUUUUCUUUGUAUUAAUUCUUUAUGAUUUUGUAUUCUUUUUCAGAAUCCUGUCACUGCAUUUUUACAGUUUGUUGUAAUAUUGUGAAUUUGUGAAAAAUUGAAAAUGUUUUGUGUUAACUCUAUAAAAUUACUGAUUUAAUUGCUUAUGAAGGAUGGCUUUCAUUUGUCAUCUUAUUGUAUAUUGGUAGAAAAGGUUUAUCAUUUUCUUUUAUAUGCUGGCUUUCUGUAGUGAUUUUUAAUUGCUUAUACAUUUUGACAGAUCAACACUUGUUGUUCUUGGUCUAACAACAUAUGUCAACCUUGCAUCCUUUAGACACUACUUCGGUUUAGGGAGCAACCCUGACGUGAUAAUUCAAAGCUGUUCAAAUUUUAGAAAUUUACCAGCUGCACCUCAAGCAAUUAUGUGGAUCUGAUCACCAAGUAAGCAGUUAUGUGAUAAAUCUUGGUUUUCUUUCCAUGGCUUCUUUUGUACUUUUAUUCUCUGAACUUCGUGGCCGCCAUGAACCAAACUUUGCUUUUGUAACACCUCCUGCUUCUUGCGGUGCUUCAAUGUCUUUACUUGCCAAGAAACCAUUGAAAAAUGAUGCCAACAAGUAUAUGUCAGAGAUUGUAGAGGAAGAUUGACAAGAGCUAAGGGUUUUUGUUGACUUGUUUGGCCUUAAUGUUAUGAUCUGAUGCAUGCAAACCAGAAUUCUAGCCUGAUACAUGUUCUUUUGUCAUCUCUGAUUCUAGCCCCAAACUUGUAAUUUGAAUUGCCCCAUAUCUAUAUCAUGUUCUUCAAACAUACAAGAAAAUGAAUAAAUUUUACUCCUAUCUAUGUGGUGAAUAAGCCAAGGUGAUCUACUUUAACUACUUAUUCAAGACCUGACUGUAGGUAGCUGCUCAGCAGCUGGGAAAUGCAUUUUUAUUUUUCAACUAAUAGAUGUAACUGAAAAAAUAACCAAUGAAUAAGAUAAAUGCAUUAAAGCUUACACAAAUGAAUAGGAUAAAUGAAAAUCCUUAUGUUUCCUUUGUCCUAUGUUUCAAAAAAUUACCAUUUAAUUGUUAGGAACCAAAAAAAGGUAUAUGUACCAAGUGUGAGACAGAGGAAAUAUCACAAGAGUUCGAAGGAUUUUCAUUUGGGUUUCCGAAACAUAAGACUUCUGAAGAACAAUAAAAUUAAUUCUCCCAAGAAAAAGGAUUAAAGAUUGGGUUUAAAAAAUCUUAGGCAAGAAAUGGAAUAAAAGCAUAUACUGUUGUUGGCGUUGGGGGUGGGUAUGGGGGUAUGAGUCAGUCUAGGGUCGGCUUCGACUCCGUAAAUGGAAUGGAAGCAAUUCGACUGCAGCAACUAACAUCACUUUGGAGAAGUUGGAGAAAGAAUUGCUCUACCAAAUCGUUGAUGGCAGAGAUAGCCACGUCACCUUUGAUCAGUUUCCCUACUAUCUCAGGUUUUAAAGGCUUAAACUCAAAACAGACUCGAGCAUUGCUGACUAGUGCAACCUAUGUCCAUUUGAAACAUGCUGAUGUUUUCAAGUACACCAGGAGCCUUUCCCCUGCUAGUCAAGCUAUAUUGCUAUCAAGACCUGCAGAACUUUACCACCAAAUGCUUGCCAAAGCUUUAGCCCAUUACUUUGAAUCAAAGCUGUUGUUAUUGGAUGUAACUGAUUUUUCCUUAAAAAUUCAAAGUAAAUAUGGAAGUGGCAAAAAAUCUAUAUCCACAAGUGGAAAAAGGAAAAUGGUUUAUUGUCAUGAUGCUUCAUAUAUGCCAGCAGCAAAACGACAACAAAAGAGGUGGCGUUCCGUUUUCGCAGCCAUAUAUCUUUCCAUGACUCUUGUCUCUUUAUACAUGAAGGUUAUUAACAAGAAGCAGAUCUUGCGAACUCUAUCCUGUAUUGCCCUUGAUAUCCAUGACAAUAAUUCGGGUGAUGAUCACCUACCUUCUCUCUGUGUUCAUCAAAAUACACUCACUGAGGUGGUAAGUGAGACGAACCUUGAAAAACUAAGUAAACUUGGAGGAGUGAAACAAAUUGCUGCAAGCCUUGCAACUGAUGAAAAGGAUGGUAUCAGUGCCAAUCAGGCUGAUCUUGCAUGUAGGAUUGCCGUCUACGGUGUCAACAGUUAUCAAAACCACCUACCAAAAGCUUCUGUAAUUUUUUAUUUGAAGCUUUUAAGGAUACAACAAUUAUGUACUCUUGGUUUGUGCUAUAAAUAA